UCUCGUUUUCAUCACACAGACAGAACAGCCCUGCUGCAAAGAUGGUCAACGUACCUAAAACCCAAAGAACCUUCUGUAAGAAGUGUGGCAAGCAUCAGCCUCACAAAGUGACACAGUAUAAGAGCAAGGAUUCCUCGUAUGCCCAGGGAAAGAGGCGCUAUGAUCGGAAGCAGAGUGGCUAUGGUGGGCAGAGAAAGCCAAUUUUCCUGAAGAAGGCUAAGACCACAAAGAAGACUGUGCUAAGGCCAGAAUGUGUUGAGCCUAACUGCAGAUCCAAGAGGAUGCUGGUCAUUCAGAGAUGUAAGCAUUUUGAACCGGGAGGAGAUAAGAAGAGAAAGGGCCAAGAGAUCCAGUUCUAAACUUUGGGAUAUUUUUCUUUUAAUUUUGAAGAGAAAAUGUUGAAGCCA